CGGGCCGGGCUGUCAAUCAGGGGACGUCAGCGAGCGGAGGGGGCUCAGGGUGAUUAUCCGCCCCCCCCGCCCCCGCUAGCCUCCGGGUCUGGCUCAUAAUCCGCGCUCCAGAAGCUCAUGAGCAGGGAGGCAAGUGUCACGCUGAUGUGCCUGCGCGGGGCCAGGGCCGGCGGGGCCACGUGAAGGGGCUGCGGUCCCGGGGAGCCUUUUUCCGCCCAAACCUGCGUCCUGGGGGGAGAGGGGAGAGGCUGGGGCGCUGCGAUGAGGCGCAGGAAGAUCGCGGUGGCCGCCGGCUGCUGCCUCUCCUUCUUCCUGGGCACUUUGCUGAACGUGCUGUUCAUCCCGGGCUUUGAUCCGCACCAGCAGCCGCCGCCGCCGCGGCGCGGGGUCACCCCGGCUCUUGCGGGCUCGCCUUGGUACCGGCGAGGGGAGGACCGCGGGAGCCGGCGCUGGGAGCUAGCCCGGCAGAUCAGGGAGCGCUACGAGGAGGUGCUCCGCUACCAGAAGCACCAGGCGCCCGCGGCUGCUGCCCGGCGGCUGGUGAGACCCCUGGAGCGGCGGCUGAUGGACCUCGCCCAGCAGCGGACCUCCUCGGAGCAGACACUUCGGCUGGAGAAGGGGAAAGCGCCGCAGGCUGGCAGCCGAGGGGGCUCCUAUCCCGAAGCCAAAGUAGACCUGGCUCUGAACCCCCCUCUGCUGGGGUGCCGAGACAUCCACAAUGUCACCAGCCUGCAUUACUUGGGCUCCGGCUACACCAAAGCUGUCUACAAGGUCGUCCUGAACCGCACGCUGGCCGUGGCGCUGAAAUCGGUCGAUUUUGGGGGGCACGACAUCGAGAACUGCGUGAAGCAAUACGCGGCGUUAGAAGAUUGCUACCGGCUAGCCUCCUACAAAAUCGUCAAGGAGAUGAUCCUCCUGCAACGGCUGCAGCACUCCAACAUCCUCCAGCUCUAUGGUUACUGUUAUCAGGAUAGCAAUGACAUCCCAGACACGCUGACUACCAUCACUGAGCUAGGCUCACCACUGGAGAUGAUUCAGCUUUUACAGACCUCUUGGGAGGACAGAUUUCGAAUAUGUCUCAGCUUAGUUCGGCUUUUGCAUUAUUUGGCUCACUCACCUCUUGGCUCCGUGACGCUGUUGGAUUUUCGCCCUCGACAGUUUGUGAUUGUAGAUGGAGAACUGAAAGUGACAGAUUUGGAUGACGCCAGCAUAGAAGAAAGCUCUUGCACCAGUAACCGUGACUGUUUUAUAGAGUUUCCAGCCAGAAAUUUCACUCUUCCCUGCUCUGUGGAGGGCCGAUGUCGAAAUAUGAAUGAGAAGAGGAAUCUUUAUAAUGCGUACAGGUUUUUUUUUACAUAUCUUCUGCCACACAGUGCUCCAUCCUCCUUAAGACCAUUAUUGGAUAUGAUAGUCAAUGCUACAGGAGAACUCCACUGGGGAAUAGAUGAAACAGUGGCUCAGCUAGAAAGAGUUUUGCACUUAUACAAGAGUGGCACAUACCUACAGAACACUACACGGAUGCCGAAAGCUGAGUACCAACCGAUACCUGAAGCUGCUAUUCCUGAUGAGAACUACAGGUGCUGGCCUUCUUACCAUCACAAGGGCUGCCUCCUCUCUGUGUUCGAUGUUGGUGAAGCCAUCGAGGUCUGUGAGAAUCACUCCCAGUGCAAAGCUUUUGUCCUGACCAACCAGACUACGUGGACAGGUCGGCAGCUUGUCUUCUUCAAGAUGGGCUCAAAUCAUAUCGUGCCUGAUCCUGACAAGAUAACAUAUGUGAAAGUGACAGGCUGACAGCUUAAGUGGCUUAGUCUAACUUGUAAAUGACAGGAGCUGUUUGUGUAUAAAUAUAGACAGCUGUUAUGUACAAGAUGUCUGCGGGAGGGAGAGAUAAUUGCACUAUUACUCAUUCUAAUCUAGAGUGCUAAGCAAAACUUUAAAGAAAUGACCUGCAUGACCAGGAUGAAUGUGCAAUACAACAACAUUUUCAAAAUGUGAUUUUUUUAAAACAAAACAAAAUACAAAAUGUGAUACACUGUUGGAAUAUAAGUUGGGUUAUAAAGCAGUAGGUAACCCAAGCCUUUCUAACCAAGGUUAAUUAGGUCUGUACAUAUUUGCACAGACCUGGAAGUUCAUAAGUUCCAUAGGAAGUCUGGGUCCUCUGCCAUGAUAUUUAUUUAGACAAGUACAAUCACUACAGAGUUAAUGAAGCUUAUCAGUUACAAAGCUUUAAAUAUCAAAUGUUAUAGAAGACAAUCAACAUUUAUGUCAAUGUUAUCAGAUAUGCAAGACCAAAAACAUUUAUAGAAAUACUAUGGGCCUGUCAUCAAUGGAUCUUAGCCAUAUUUAUAAUUUUAAAAAUGUAGCCAAUUUUCAUUUUGUUUUAAAAGUUUAUGAAAACAUUUAUUUUUAAUUUAAUAAAGCCAUAUUUUCAGUUGUUUAGGCCCUGAUCCAGCAAAGCACUUAAGCAUAUGCCAACUUUAAGCAUGAGUAGUCCCACUGAAGCCAUGGGGAUGUAAGCCCAUGCUUAAGUGCUUUGCUGAAUAGGGAUAGCUUUAAGUAUAUAUUUAAGUGUUUUGCUGAAUCAAGGCCUUAAUCACUGUCCAAAAUAUUCCCUAAAAUAUUUCACUGACAGAUCAGCAAAGCAAUCUAGCAGUUUGAACAACACAAUUUUUGAUGAAAAUCUUGCCAUGGAAGACUUUCCAUUUGUAUUAUCCUCAAAUCCUUGGUUUUCUAAGGUGCUUCUUACUAAUUCUUAGAACAAAUGAAAUGAAAAAUGAAAAAACUAGCCUGAAAUUCUAUAUAAAUAGAUGCAUUUUAUAGGCAUAGUGUGUCUAGAGGAUUUGCUUUCAGUGAAAGCAAUAAAUUAAAUGCUAAAAGUGACCAAUGUCAUACUAUUUUGUAGUUUGUACAUUCAGAAAUUUUUGUACUUUUGUUCCUUAAAUUGUUUAUUUUUGUAAAAAAAAAAAUAAAAUUUUAAAUUUGUCAUUUUUUUUCUGUG